AUGACAACAAAAUACAAACUAGAAGAUGAUCGCUGGUUCAACAGAUUGUAUAGUUUGAAAGAAAAAUGGUGUACAGCAUUUAGCAAAGACUUCUUCUCUGCUGGAAUACUAUCUUCACAGAGAAGUGAAAGCGCAAACCAUGCUAUUGGGUUUAAGGCAAGCAAAACCACUAGCUUAAGUGACUUCUUUUCAAUAUUCCAACAGACAGUAAUAAGAUGGAGAAGACAAGAAGAAAGGGAUGAUUUUGACUGUACAAAAGGAAUACCAAAAUCAGAUCUCUGCAUGAGUCCACUAUUAAAACAUGCUGCUUUAGUGUACACACAUACUCUUUUCAGAGAUUUUGAGGAUGAAUUCAAACAUGCAAUGGCAAGUUCAAUUGAACUAGUUGGUACACAAGGGAACACUCUGACAUACAGAGUUUUCCUCAAUGGCAUUGAUGGUUCUUCUCAACAAGUCUCGUUCAAUUACCCAGAGAUGACAAUUGAGUGUGGAUGCAGAAAUUUUCAAGAAUCAGGUUGGUUGUGCUUUCAUGCCAUAAGAGUUCUACACUUACAUUAUGUCCAAAAAAUUCCAGAGAAAUACAUAUCAUCAAGGUACUAUAACCUCAUAUUAAAGAGCCACAGAAUAGAACCAGCUAGAGCAGUGAUAGAGGAAAGUUUCAAGAAAACAAAUUCAAGAGUUGAAGAAUUAAUAAAGAUAGAAGAAGCAAAAGCAUCAGCAGAAAAAGCUAAAGCUCAUGAGAAAGCAUUACAAGAAGCAGCUGCAGCAUUACAAGCUAAUGAGAAUCAAGAAACAACGCACAAGAAUCACCACCAAUACCAACAGUCUUGGAUCCAGAUAGAGCAGUCACAAAAGGAAGAGACAACAAGCGAAUAA